GGCAGGCUCCGGCUCCGCCACUCUGGCUCUAGGCUGGAGUAUCUGGGGCUCAGGGGCUGGUGUAACCCACAGUGGGUGGGUUACACCCACCCACUAGGUGGUGGUAGCAGCCCUAGGGCAGCCUCUCCCGGCCUGGGUUGAGGUGACCAGCAGCGGUGCCCGUCCAGCCCCUGCCCUGCAGAGUAAACACUUCCAGCGCCUCCCACGGCACAAACACUUGCUCCUGGUGGGCGCUGGGCCAGGCCCGCCCCCGAGCUGUUUUCCUGAGAGCCUCCCUGACGGCUAUUUUGGGCCUCGUGACAGUAGCUGACUAGUGGGAAGGUAUAAAAGCCGCGGUGGGGCCUCUGGGUUUGCCAGACAGUCAGAGAGGGUUCUGCUCUGGACAGUGGCACAUCGGACAGAGGGUGGCACACUGUCCUUACCCUCAUCCCGACCGUCUGUCACCGGACACAGGGCUCCGACCGCUGGGCCCGCAUCCGCUGCCCCCAACUUCGUGGGGCUUCCCGAGCCCGGCCUUGCUCCUCCGCAUCCCUGCUACCCCCAGGGCCCCUCGGCCACAGGUGGCUGCUUCCCAGCCGUCGGCAGCCAUGAGGUCCCGGCUUCUGCUUUCUGUGGCCCGUCUGCCCACAAUCCGGGAGAGCUGGGAGGAGGUGCUGCCUGGGCAGGACCCUGUGGCUUCCCCGAGCCUGGAUGACUACCGGAGGUCCAUUUGUCAGCUGGCGCAGCCCACCUCAGCGCUGACCGAGGCUGCAGCCAGGGCCCGGCCCAGCAGACGCCCCUGGCAAGCCCGGGCCGGCGAGCAGAGCGGCCCCCCCGGGUCCCUCCAGGACUUCACCACUCACUUCAGCGGUCAGCAGCCCCCGAACACUGCUGGCCCCCGGGGCUGGCUCUCCGGGCAGUCCCAGGAAAAGCAGCCACGAUGCAGGGGCCUGCCAAGGAGGACGGCUCCCUCUGCGGACCCCUGGGGUCCUCACAGAGAGAUGGAGAGCAGCAAGGCCGGGGGGUGCCCCAGAGGGGAGCUCUAUGAUACCAGGGCACCGGGGCGCUGUCCGGUGGGACCGUUAAGGGACUGGCACCAGGGCUCCCGCGCUUCCUGGCAACCCAUCCAGGCCGCAGCCUCCCCGCCAAGCUCGCGCCCCAGCAGCAUUCUCAGAACUCUCUAUUUGCACCUCCCGGUGAUCCAUGAACUCUGACCCCUCCCCAGUAAAGGCUUCUGUACAGAGCAAGCUGGCCGCGUCACCUCUCCACUUUGCCCGCCCCGAGGUGGGCACUGCCCCUGGCAGGCCUCAGAGGGAAUGAGGUUCUGAGGGGCUGCCUGCUCUGGGGCCCUACCCCGAACAGUGACAGCCUCCCUCCCGGGAAGUUGUGCUGCGGGCCCCACGCUCAUUGCGCCCUCCUUGCUGACCACUUGGGCCCGUUACUGGAUAGUUUCUCGGUUUCCUCAUGGCAGAAGGGGGCCAUGGGACCUGCCUCCUGGCUGCUCCGAUGAGCAAAUGAGAUAAAAGUCACACAUGUCAUGGGGCACAUGUUGGAGUCCAUACCCGUUAGCUGCUGCCUGUGUGGGAAACAGGUUGGGGGGCGAGGAGAAGCGAGAUCUCACUCCCCCCCGUGGUUUCCGAGCGAGGCCCUGGGUGCUCCCAAGUCAGUCGCUUGGCCCCAGCUUCAGAGCCCAGGUUCCAUGAGCCCCAAGGGAAAACGUGUCUCAGCAAGUAGCCCCACUGUUUCAGGGGCGCUGUCAGGGCGGCAUCGGGGUACCUCAGUGGCUCCAGCUCACAAGUCCUGUUGAAUUAUCAGGAGAGUUUUCCCCAGACUGAGGGCCAGGACAGAACCUGCACUAAGCCUGUGGAUGCCAAGUGACUGCACCAGCUGAUCCUGCCCCCACCCAUCCCUACCCCUGCCUGCCUCCACCCAGGGACCUCAACUGUGGGGGGAGAAGUGCAGGGUGUUGUCUGGCUACUCUGUUCUCAGACAAGUCCAGGGGGCAGGGCUCACUCCUCAUAUCCUCAGGCCCAGGUCAGCCUGGCCAUUCCUGGGGCCCCAGAGACAGGCAAAACCCCGUUUCCUCGAGGCAUCAGGCAAGCAAGGACUAGGGGAGAGGAAGGAUUUCCCUCUCAGAGAGGCAGGUGAGGCAUCAGAGAACCAAAAGGAUCAGGCCCGAGAACCGGCCACCUGCUCCCUGGGCUGGCAGCACUGGCUGGCCGGGCAGGGGCGGGGGCAGAGAGGAGAGAAGGACGGAGCGGGGCUGCAGCCGAGCCCUCAGCCUGCUUCACCUCCCCCACCUCCUCGCUCCUCCCCCACCUCCUCGCUUUGUGGACCAUCACACGUUCUUUUCUUUCUUUCUUUAAAAACAAUUUGUUGUUGUUGUUAAUCCUCA